UAAUAAAAAUCAUUCCUGAACAGACAUAGAAAUAAGAAUAAGAAGAGGAAGAGGAAGAAGAGAGAAAGGACACGCGACAAUAUCAACAACAACAAUGAGUGCAUUCCUCCUAUUCAUUGUGCUGAUCACAAGUUUCGCCGUAUUAUUACUCCUCUGGUUUGUGCUAUCAUCCUGUCUGGGAGAUGAGAUUCGCGCCGCCUGGUCGUCUCGUGGCCAACGCGAGCACACUUUGCCCACGACCUACGGCCUACAAUAUGCCCAACUCUUCGCGAACUCCGAUCCUCGUCAUGGUCUGUCGGAGCAGAUCGAGAUGGAUGCCAUGAUGGGUGCUCAGAGUCGACAGUUCCACGACGACUGAUGGAGAUUGUGAAACUCAAACGCAAGAUCUCAUCAAAGUAAAAAU